AUGUGGGAACCCCUUCCCCUCAUCUUCUAUGGUUAUGCUGUUCAUCCCCUCAACCCUGCUCGUCGAGAUACCCGCUACUCCAGUCGUACCAACCGCGAUCGUCUCAGCGUCGUAACCGAGGCGUCCACGGACGAUCAAGCACAUAGAGACGUUGUUUCUCUCGAAGUCGGCGAUGAAGUUUAUGCUUUUGAGAAGUAUACUCCAAAGGGAAAGGAAGUAGGAGGUGUAUGGUAUCGUGGGUAUGUCGUCUGCACAACUCGCAGACCUCCGAUUACAUUGGCACUGGCUGGUGAUCCGUCUUCCCGAUCCAGUCCACAGAUAGAGGAACCUCAACAAGUCUUCAUUGGCAUCUUUCCUGCAUCACAUAUCCAUGUCCGUGAUCAGCUUUCGGAUGCUGAGGGUCGUCUACCGAACAUUGCUCAUUUCCUAAAUGGAAAUAAUGCAUCGAGUACAGGUCCCGGUGAACCAUAUUCUGCAGCUUGGAAUAGAGAAAGGAUACACCCUGGAAUGGAUCCACUUAGGGAGGAAGAGGAGGAGAUUGAAACAGUUGCAACAGCCAGUAGAAAAUCAUUUAGACUUGGUCCACCCCCCGACCAGGCCAGCAUCUCCAAAUUCGGCCCACCGGUCUACUACACGAAGAGUUUAAGGUCGACCUCUCCUGAAGAGUCAAAACCUCUACCUCCCCGUCCCUCACUGAAGUCUGGGGACGACACGUUCUCUGGAGCGACCCAACCAAUCAUAGACGAGAUUGCCUCCGCGCUGCGUGAAUGGCACUCGCUCAUGUUUCGAUAUCUGGCUAGAAGAGAUUAUAAGCUUUUUCACACUGUCCGCGAUCACAUAGAAGCCUUGCAUCUAGGUCGCCGGCAGCUUCUAGCGCAGACUUUGAGUGCUGAAGAAACAAUUAAUCUUCGACGUGACUGUGUGACUCGGCUGGUUUCCGGAAAUCUUGUACAAGGACUGGAUGUUAUCGUCAGACAUUCGACGUGGGGCGGUCUCGUUACUGUCGAUGUGGAAGGCGAGAUCGAUAUUCGAAGCUGGGUCAGUGCCGUACGGAUGUAUGCUAUGCAGCUGUCGCUGGCCUACUUGAACGUUUCGAACAAUGAAAAUCCUGUUCGACCAUUAAAUUAUUCCUCUGUCGACCAAAGUCUCCCUGGUCCCUUGCCCACCCCGGCUAGUUCUGCAUUCCCAGAAUUGCAACACCGUAAAACACAAUCACGUUCCGCUGUCGUGCGGCCACAGUCGAUCCAAAAGUCUUUUGCGGUGAAGUUCUAUCACGUAUUCCUUGAUGUACGCGCGUUUGUCGCGUCACUCUGUUCCCCAGGAGAGACAGCCGAACUCUUUUUUUCACUCUACCGAAAACAAGAGGGAAGAUGGCAAUUCAUCAGCGAAGAUUUUUGCGCUGUACUGAAUCACAACGGUGUCCUCGCUCGUGACCCCUCCCAUCGCAUUCGAACCCUCUUUGUCGAUCUCGCACCAUCUGACCUUCAAGAUUCGAUUUACCUCGUUUGCCGGAUAGUCCGCAAUGGCUCGCUAAAAUUGGGUAAUAAUAUGAGCUCGGGAGUCGUGGACAAGGAACGCAAAGGCUCUGAGGCGUCAACAAGAUUUGAGGUCGGAACUUCCACUGGGUACGCGGACAGCUUUGGCCCAGUUUCUCCAGGAAGUCCCCGCACGCUCGCGGUAUACGACAACGUCGUGCAAUUUAGACGACCCUUCGGGUGUGCUGUAGUUGAACUUACGCAACUUGGUAAAAUGGUCGCGGACGGUGCUGAUGUUUCACCAAACAAAGAAUAUACCAUGCCCAUCUAUGUCCCUACGCACGAGGUAUCCUUCUCAAUGUUGCACCACAAUAUCAUCGAGAACAUCACGAAGGAAUUCGAGAAGUCGUCAAGGGCCGAAAUGUUAGCAGUAUCCGUCAAGGUUUUCUAUGGCGACUCUUCGACGAUUGUGCGGGAAAAUACGUCCAUCCUGCAGGACACACCACAUACUUUCCGUCUGGGUUUCCCGGACGUUGUAUUCCCCGGUGAUGUCAGAAAUGAGCUCUACAUCAAGUUGUGGAGUGGUUCCUUCUUUCCUGUCAACAAUCGCCUUAGUGUUGGUACCUUUGCGCGGGGCCCAUCCCCGCUCUUAAAUGUGCAGGUGACGGUUGAAGUGCGAGACCAGGAGGGCCGUCUGAUGGAAAAUGCCAUUUCAGAAGGUAGCGGGGAGCCAUUGAUGACGCAGUUUCACUCCAUGAUCUUUUCACGUUGCAACGAACCGACCUUUGGUGAGCUCGUCAAAAUCAAACUGCCUCCGGAAGGAAUGCCUCAAUGGCAUCUUUUUUUCACAUUCCGUAAUCGUACCAACAAAGAGCGCGCAAGCCCACAUGCAUUUGCCUUCCUUCCCCUCUUCUCAGAUUCACGAGCGUUCGUGCAGGACGGGGGGCACACCUUGAUCAUGUACCGUGCCGAUAAACUUAACCAAAUCACUCCCGAGAUGUAUCUAGGCGCGACCUCUUCACUACUUGCCGAUCAAAAGCCAGAACAAGUACCUAUCCCUCCAGAUAUGCAGCGUUUCGCACCGCCCACGAAGGAUACGAUGACGAUCAGGACAUCCCUCUGCUCGACCAAGCUAACGCAGAACCCCGUCUUACUCAAUUUGCUCAAUUGGGAGAGCAUCUCAGACUGUGACAUUCUCUCCACGAUUUUGUACAACUUCACCUUUGUCGGUGAAGUCGAAAUCGUCAAAUUCUUACGUGACAUUUUCGAUUCCCUCUUCGCCAUUCUGAUAUCAGAUAUCAAUUCAUCCGGCGAGAUGAACCACUUGGUGUUCAACGCCCUUGUCUUCGUGCUCGGCAUUAUUCAAGAUCGGCGUUUCAGCAAUUUCCGUCCCGUGUUAGAUGUGUACAUAGAGAAGCACUUCACUUGUGCCGUUGCUUCGUCUCACAUCAUUUCCUCAAUGAAUGCGCUCUUAACUAACCCAGCUAAUGAGAAUGCAGGAAAGCUUCGUUCCGCUCUCAAAGUUUGGCACUACAUAAUGAAGUUCAUAGUGCGUGCUCGCGAGCUUCAGAAAGCCAAGGAAGCUGGUAUGGGUGGAGGUGCUAUGGCUGAGCAUUUCGAGGGGAAUUUCAGACGAGAGUUGCGGUCCCACUUGACUGAAGUGAACCGCAUGAUGUCCACUACCACCCUACCGUCAAUAAUCGGAACGCAGACCCUCGCCCUCCAGAAUUUUACCUCCAUCCUCCCUGAACUGUCCCAGGUUUUUUCCACUCUCGAUCUGGUGGCCUUCGUGAGGGAGUUUGCAAAUGCCGUGACUCCAGGCAAAGGAAAGAUCACCACCUGGAAACUUAUCAUGUAUCUCCAAGUCGUCAAAGGGUUUUUGUUCGACUUCCCACAAUCACGCAAAUUAUUGGUAGGUGAGGUCGCUUCCUGGAUAAGACCUCAUUUCGGCCAGUACGACGAAUAUACGCACACGCGUUCCAAUAGUACUGACGCUACGCAGGAGGCCGCACAAGAUACUGCUAGAAUUGGAUGGUUAGAGAACAUCAGGCUCUGCGUUACCAUUGUAGCACUCAUGCUUGACAAGUUGCAACAUGAGUUGGUUUCACCCGACGUAGUUCAAGAUCGCAAAAGGCUCAAAGUUGAACAAGAAAACGUCGAGAAUCUCUUGCCAUUAUUACCGAGACUUUUGGAUUCAUAUCGAGAAUUUCAGAGUCCGCCAACUUUAGAGGCCCUGACUCGCCUCCGCACCCCCUCGACUGUGAAGGCCGCCAUACCAGUUCCCUUUCCCGAAUCUUACCCAUUCUCGCUCCUUGCAUAUUACCCAGAGGUUGAGAAAACAUCAUUGAGGGUUCAACCUCAUGCUGAGCAGUUAUUCAAUCCUGGACUGGGCGAAAUUGCUAUCGUUUUUCUGGUACUACUACUAUCUUCGCCCACCAAGGACAUCCUCAACUUUUUAGAGGAUAGCCUUGCCAUCGAAGGACGUGAAAGAUCUGUCACCCUGUUAUCGCACUUCUUUACAGUUGCGACGUCAAUUUUGGAGAACGAUGCAUUCCCCAAAACCUGGCUCAAUGUCAACAUUUUGGCUCACAAGGUGCUGGUGCGAAUGUUAGACCCUGUGUCUAAUUUGCUAUUGAAAGAGUUUAUACCACCGGAAGAUAUGGAAUCCCAGUUUAAUCCUACGUUGUGGAGAGAAGCUUUUUAUAUGAUACUGAAGCUUCUCUCUUCGGAGAAACUUGUGAUUGAAGAGUUUAGUCCACAGAAACGGCGUGCUGUGUGGCGUCUGGCAGGUGACAUUCGAGGUGAAGGUGCUGCGAUAAUGUUCAAUCUUUGGCAGGCCCUUGGAUGGGCUGAACAUACUGUCAUUGAGGGAGAACCUCCUCUACGUUAUGGAGGAUACCAGGUCUAUUUGAGCUCUCUUGCAGGCCAUGUGGUGAACUUAUGCCUCAGCCAUCACGAACAGUUGCGAAAUAAUGCGGUGCAGAUGUUGUUCAGUAUGAUUCUCUCUGAAUACCACCAGUCCGGACACUUCGACGAGAUUGAAAAUGAACUUGUCACUCGCCUGGACCACCUAUUCAUGUCGGACAGCAAAGGAGAUGAUAUAUCUGGGACAUUUAUAACUCAAUUGCGCCACCUGUUCGCCCACUCCGAUGUGGAUGAGCAGCUCCGGAAACGAAUUUCGGAGUUCCUGGAUUCUGUCGAUCUAUUCUUGGAACUUCUAUUAAGCGUUCGUGCUCUUCCAGGAGGCGAGGAAUUCGCAGACGAACGUGUCAUAGCAACAUUACGUCUCAUGAACUUCAUCCGGAGGAUAGGACGUGAUGGAAUAUACAUCAAGUAUGUUCAUCAACUAGUCAAUAUGCACCUCCAAUCUCAAAAUUACGUCGAGGCGGCACUCACUUUGAAACUCCAUUCAGAUCUAUAUAAAUGGGAUCUGAAUAAUUUCGUGGGACCGAUGGACGAUCUCGGCUUACCCCAGCAGUCACAAUUUCAUAGAAAGGAAACACUCUGUCUUUUGGUUCUAGACUACCUAGGAAGAGGGAAGGCCUGGGAAUAUGCCGUUGACAUAUGCCGAGAAUUGGCCCAACAGCACUCUGACUUUACCUAUAAUUACGCUCGACUUUCCGAAAUUCUUCGACAUCAAGCUACUCUUCUAGAGCAUAUUGUGACGGACCAACGGUAUUACUCAGAUUACUACUUGGUCUCAUUCUACGGAAAUUUUCCGGCGGCGAUACGGGAUAAGCGUUUCAUUUACCGCGGAUACGAAUGGGAAAAGUUUGGAGCUUUCUGCGAAAGAAUGCUCAAUAAACACCCUGGCGCACAAUUGCUGAAGACUAUCGGCGACCCCCCGGCCGACAUUCGCGACCAAUACAUUCAAUGUACUGCAGUUAUCCCUGAACCUAACCGGGAACUGCCUGUCUUUACAAACCCUGACGUGCCGACGGCGGUUCGAGCCUAUUACGAGCACAGUGCCAUUAAUCUGUUCUCCACAUCGCGACAGGUAACGCGAACUAGAGAUCGGAUGGAGGAGGUAUGGAUUGAAAAGGUGUAUUAUACUACGGAGGAUACAUUCCCAACUGUCCUCCGUCGAUCGCAGGUUGUGGCAAUGGAAGUGGAAGAGAUAUCGCCCAUUGAGAAUGCCUUGGAGGAGGUAGAGCAGAAAACAAAGGAACUAACGUCGUUGGAGAUGAAGUACCAGUCGCUGGCCAACACAAGCCAGGAAGUUUCCACCAAUGCGUUAGCCAUGACACUGAACUCCGUCGUUGAUACUCCCCCGGACACUGGAAUACCCGCAUACAGGCAACAAUUUUUCACGCCUGAAUAUAUUGCUCGGAACCCUGGCCGUAGUGAACUCGUCGAGAAGUUGCGAUCGGCCGUCGAUGACCAAGCUCGGAUUAUUGAACGCUGCCUGAAACUUCAUGGACAGAUGUGCCCUCAAGAGUUCCUUCCGUUCCAAGAAACGUUGGGGAAAUUCUUCAGGAAAAAUUUCCGCGAAGAAAUUGCUCGUUUGGGCUUGGAGGAUCCUGGGGAGACGGAUACCAUUUCGCCUUCCAUCCGCUCUGGGCCACAGGAUAGAAGUACAACGUCUCAGUAUCAAUCUUCGCAAUAUCAAUCCUCUAUAUAUCCGGCAUCUGUUUCGGGGGCUACGUCAGCUUCCUCGGCACGGAGAAUCCCAUACACCUUGCCCGGACUCCAAUUCGGGGGAUCGUCCGCUUUGGCCCCUCCUCCACUCUCCCCGCAGUCUUGCGUAGAUCCAGACAUGCAUACAUCAGGAUAUGGUAUCAUCAACACUCAGACACCCCUACAACAACAUCUAGCUCACCUAGCUCGGCAUGGCAUCAACGGUGUCUCUUCAGCUCCAGGAGAGUCGCAAGGCGGCAGCGACUCCUUCUCUGCUGAGUCGCCGAAUAAUUCGUUUGUGAAUGUAGGAAAUGGGAUUCAUGGCAGUCUCGCCGGCGGGGCUGCACAGUCGUCUUCUGCUUCCGUCAUAAACUCCAACGUAGGAGGAAGUACCAGCUCUAUCGCGGGGUCUAUUAAAGGGCGUAUUUCGCGAUUAGGGAGCCUGAAUUUCGGUCGUCGCGGGGGAUCAUGA